GCAGACUCUGCCCAGCGCAGUUCAGUAAGGCAGCAGCAGCACAUACACACACAUACUCACACACACACACACACACACCACGUACGGAUUUAGCCGACCGACUUUUGACUUUAAACAAUGCAGAGGAGGCCUGAAAAGUUGGAAAAUGCAUCUUUAGGCACGGGACUGGCUGGGACAGCAGCUGUGCGCCCACGGAUCGGGGUUCAUGUGUUGGUUCCCCUGCAUUCAUAAGGAAAGUCGCCUCAGGAGCUGGGAGAAGACACGAACAGCCGGACUGCGGUGCCAAUAAGGAAAAUCCAUUCAUUUUUUUAUACAUGUCGGAUUUACCACCGCUGGGAUAUUAAUUUAACUCUCGUUUUAGGCCAGAUUUAAUGCUUAAGGCACCACCGGCUGCAGUUUGGAACCUACUUUUGGAGACGUUGGAUGUGUUUUUACGCACGGGAUUUUCUCAACAAAUGACCACCUGUGAUUGCUCCUCAACUAUCUUCCUUCAUCCUCUCUGGUCUUUUUUCCACUCUGACCCAAAUCAUCAUCAUCAUCAUCAUCGUCGUCAUCUGCUACACCGGCUUUGACGAAGGAGACUGAAAGGCAUCCAAACGCACCGGCGUGUGGCUGAGAAUGCGUGGAGGUGGUUUCCCGAUGUCCGUCUCCGUGGUGAUGACUCUGCUUUUGGUCGUUAUAGACGUGAAGGCCAGCGGGGAAUACUGUCACGGGUGGCGAGACUCGCAGGGCGCGUGGAAAGACGGGUUCCAGUGCCCGGAGAAGAUCGACGCGGAGGACGCGAUCAUCUGCUGCGGGAAGUGCGAGCUGCGAUAUUGCUGCGCCAGCACGGACGCGCGGCUGGAUCAGGGCAGCUGCGAGAACGACAAGCAGGCUGAGGUACCGGGAACAGAGAGCAAAGAGGACAAGGACUCCCGCGCAGUGCCGAUCUAUGUGCCCUUCCUGAUCGUGGGAUCCGUGUUUGUGGCCUUCAUCCUGGUGGGCUCCGUCGUCGCCGUGUGCUGCUGCCGCUGCCUCCGGCCGAAGCAGGAGCUCUCCUCGGCCGGCGCCUCGGGAAGCGGAAGCGCCGGCGGCCGCCUCCUGGAAACCAUUCCCAUGAUGGCGAGCAGCUCCAGGGGCUCCUCGUCCCGGCAGUCCAGCACGGCCACCUCGUCCAGCUCGUCGGCUCCGCCCGCCGGGGCCCGCGCCGGUCCCGCUCCGCUAAUGCGGGCUCAGGCCUCCUGCUGUCUGCCCCCGGACGCCAGCGUCUUCGUCAACAUGCCCACCAACUUCUCAGUUCUCAACUGCCAGCAGGCCACCCAGAUCAUGUCCCACCAGUCACAGUUCAUGCACCCACAGUACAUCGGCUACGCCCACCCCGUGUCCCCGACGGCGGCCUUUUUGGACCACAGUCAGGGGGCAUACAGACCCCUCCAGUCCCCCUGUCCUCCUCCGACAGCGGGAUCCAGCGGCACCAGUGACAAUAAAGGACCUCCAGUAACCGUGUGAUGAGGAUGGAGGUGAGGCGGGCCGGGGGAGGGUGGCUUACUUGCAGACCACUCUGGAUUUUGUUGGAGCAGGGACGUCUGGGCUCACUUCCAAAGUGGAGAAAACAACAAAAAGAAAAAGAAAAAGAAAAGAAAUCAAGGAGUCCGGACUCACAUGAAGGACUUCUUAAGCUGUUCCCAGUCUGGACCUGCCCUGCUAUUGUGUGUUGGCGUUUCAUAUGAUCUCUUGGCAAAGUGUCACCGAGCUCAGCUCAACCCGUGAUGGGGGUUUAUGGAUCCAUAAACAACUCUCUGCAAAACUGAAUGUUUUAGGGUUUACCACGGGCCAGGUGGAUAACGACGCGCAGUUCAAUGCAGUAAAACGCACGCAGCUCGAAUCGGAGCCGCGUGCGUUUCUUGUGCACACGGACCCCUACGCGAAAAGCGUGAAAAGAGAUUUGCUGGCUUAUAUGUGCAGGAAUGAGUGACGACUGUUUUGAUUUAUAGCAUGAAAAACCAAAAAAAAAAUGGAUCUCCGAGCAGAAAAAGAACAGGACCACAUGUUUCGUUUAAGGCACCGUGCACAUCUGUGGCCGCGAAUAAAAUGCGAGCGAGUUUACACAAUAUGGUACAGUUUUGUUUGUGUUGAAAGCGUGAUGAGAGAAAGCAUGUGGACAGACGUUCAGUGUGAGCACGAAGCGUGGACGGAUGUGGUCUUGUGCGAGCAGCUCUGAGUGAACCGGGUGUAAUGGGAAAUGCAGGUGGUGUGAUGUGUAAGGCUGUUGCAAUCUCCCAGCAGACCAUUUAACAUCUAAUGAAGUGAACACGGGACGCAGACUGUGACGCUCCACCCAACUAUACCAGUUCCCCCACAAGGCCUUUUGCCCACCACCCAGAAAGAAAAAACAGCCCCCGAGCGGAAACGCUCUCACAAACCUCUACCACUUCCCCCCCCACCCCCAACUAUAUGGCAGUAUUCACAGAAGGCUGGUGGUUAAUGUUCCCUGGAAGUGUUACUGUGACACGAACAAGAGUGCAAAUACCCAGCAAGGAAUCUAAAAGUCUAACCCCAUCAAUUAUUUCCUCUGAGAGGCAGAUGUGGCUUUUGAUAUGGGCUACAUGGGCAACUGCCCAGGGAGGCAUUAGAAAGGUUGGGCGCAGAAGCACCAGAUAAAACCAGAACUCAACUGAGUUGUAUCGCAUUUAAGAACCAACACUGGUGAGAGGAGUGUGUGUGUGUGUGUGUGUGUGUGUGUGUGACAAACGCUGCACAGUUCAGUGAACUUGCAGCCGUAGAGAGUCAGGCCAGGUUUGAGUCACAGUUUUCCACUUUAAAAAGUCACGAAAGUAGCAGUUAUUGGCUGUGGGUUAGGAAAAACAAACAAAACUUGCUUAAUUUCCAGUCAUUCGGUGGAAUGUUGCACAGCUGAGGAACAUGCACUUGAUGAGAACAUGCAGCUACUCCAAGCAUGGCAUGUUUGUGCAUCUCCUCUCUAGUCCAAGCACACUAUGAGAUUUAGUGGGGCAGCUUGUGUGAGACAAACCGUGGAUUCAUUAUCGCUCCCUCUGAAACAAUUUAUAAAGCGGGGGGAGAUGACACUUUGAUAUAAGUUUGAAAAAAUAAACAUUUUGAAACAGAA